AUGAUGGAAAAGAAAGAAGAGUCGGGCUACGGCCUCAACGUCGAGGCCACCCGGCCCGGCGAGAGCAACGAGUAUAACCUCGCCGAGCAGCACGACCAGCUGGCCCGCGGCCUCAAGUCUCGCCACAUCCAGUUCCUCGCCCUCGGCGGCGCCAUCGGCACGGGGCUGUUCGUCGGCUCCGGAGGCAUCCUCGCCAGCACCGGCCCCGCGCCGCUCUUCAUGGCCUACCUGAGCAUGCUGAUGAUUGUCUGGAACGUCAUGAACAACCUCGCCGAGAUGGUCACCUACCUGCCCAUGCGUGGCAUCACCGUCCCCUACUUUGUCGGCCGCUUCGUCGACCCUAGCUUGGCGUUUGCCGCCGGCUGGAACUACUGGUACGCGUACGCCAUGCUGGUCGGCGCCGAGGCCACGGCCGCGGGCAUCGUCAUCGACUACUGGGGCGCCAACGUCAACAUCGCCGUGUGGAUCACCAUUGUGCUCGUCGUCAUGCUGCUGCUCAACAUCAUCGCCGUCAGCUUCUUCGGCGAGGCCGAGUUCUGGUUCGCCAGCAUCAAGCUCAUCACCAUCUGCGGCCUCAUCAUCCUCGGCGUCGUCAUCUUCUUCGGCGGCGGCCCCAACCAGGACGGCAUCCUCGGCUUCCACUACUGGAAGGACCCCGGCGCCUUCGUCCCCUACAAGGCCGACGGCGACGCGGGCCGCUUCCUCGGCUACUGGCACGCCUUUGUCACGGCGGGCUUCGCCUUCAUCACCUCGCCCGAGCUCAUCGCCAUCGCCGCCGGCGAGACGGUCGCCCCGCGCCGCAACAUCCCCAAGGCCGCCCGCCGCUUCGUCUGGCGCCUCGCCAUCUUCUACGGCAUCUCCUCCCUCAUCAUCGGCAUCCUCGUGCCCUCGGACGACCCCCAGCUGCUCGGCGCCUCCAACGCCAGCGCCUCCCCCUUUGUCAUUGGCAUCCAGCGCGUCGGCAUCCCCGUCCUCAACCACAUCAUCAACGCCGCCAUCCUCACCUCCGCCUGGUCCGCCGGCAACUCCUUCCUCUACUCGGGCAGCCGUGUGCUGUACUCCAUGUCCCUCACCGGCCAGGCCCCCAAGUUCUUCAGCCGCGUCAACCGCCGCGGCGUCCCGUGGGUCUCGGUCCUCUUCACCUGGGCGUUUGGCCUGCUCGCCUACCUCAACGUGUCCAACACGGGCGCCACCGUCUUCAACUGGUUCGUCAACAUCUCGACCAUUUCCGGCUUCGUCGCCUGGAUCGUCGUCAUGAUCACGUACCUGCGCUUCCGCAAGGCCAUGCAGUACCACAACAUGCUGCACGUCCUGCCCUACAAGACGCCCCUGCAGCCCUACGCGACCUGGAUCGUCCUCGUCGUCGUCUCGCUGCUCACCAUCACCAACGGCUUCCAGACCUUCAUCCCCUUCAAGGCCAAGGACUUUAUCGCCGCGUACAUCACGCUGCCCGUCUUCUUGAUCCUCUACGUCGGCCACAAGAUCUACUUCCGCACGCCCAUGUGCAUCCCCGUGGACCAGGUCGACACCAUCACCGGCAAGAAGGAGAUGGACGAGCUCGAGGCCAUGGAGGAGGAGCGCGUGCCCAAGAACUGGCUGCAAAAGGCCUGGUACUGGCUCGCCUGA